AUGGUUCAGCACUACUUAAGAAGAAUAUGUGCAGAACUUCAAAGUUCUGCCAGUGCAGAUAGACAAGGUGAAGGACGAGGAUAUUAUGUUUGUGGUAAAUGUGGGGAAAAAAAUUACGAGCUCAAAGAUAAAGACGAUGAAAUAAAGCUAUGGCGUGAAGCUAAUGACGGAAUGUACUGGGCUCACAAAUCAACUAAGCCUGAUCAAGAUGAAUUUGGAAUCGUCGCGAUCCAA